AUGGAAGAGUCCAAGAGAACAUCUGACAUAACAUGUGAAUUACUACAAACAGCAGGAGAGCCAAUCACAUUAAUGCUUUUUGAAACCAAACCGAAAAGUAAGUGUAUUCCAAUAACUAGGUCUGUUUUUCAGGUCAGGCUACAGAAUGGUGCUGAAUAUGAAGGCAUUAUUGAGGAAAUUGAUGCCAUCUCAGAUCUUGCACUCAUUAGGAUAAAAUGUGAUAAUCUAAAGCCAAUAGCUUUGGGAAAUUCCUGUGAUCUACGUCCUGGUGAAUUUGUGGCAGCCCUUGGGUCUCCUCUGUCGCUUUCGAACACUAUAACAGUUGGGGUUGUUUCAUCAGUUUGCAGAGCCAGCAAGGAGUUGGGUUUGCGAGGCAGGGAUAUUCAGUAUAUACAGACAGAUGCUGCUAUCACAUUUGGUAAUUCAGGUGGACCACUUGUGAAUUUGGAUGGUGAGGUUAUUGGUAUCAACUCCAUGACUGUGACAUCUGGAAUCUCCUUUGCUAUACCUAUAGAUUAUGCCAAAGACUUUAUGAUGAAAGCAGCAAAAAAGAGACUUGAAUUAGCAAAGUACCCUGAAUCCUCGCCUUCAGUACGACGUCGUUAUAUAGGGGUGACAAUGCUCACAUUGACAGAAUCCAUCAUUCAAGAAUUACAAGCAAGAGGAAGUGCACCACAUAACAUUCCAGCAGAUAUUAAUCAUGGAAUUUUCAUCUGGAGGGUAGUUGUUGGCUCGCCUUCUUACCAAGCUGGCUUGCAGCCGGGAGACGUGAUAACUCAUAUAAACAACCAUCCAGUUUAUUCUUCGAGAGAUGUUUACAGUCUGGAAAGUCAAGGAGAUCUUAAUAUGGUUGUUGUUCGCAAUGGGCAGCGUUACUCGGUGACUGUAGUACCUGAAGAAUAAUUGUGAGCCAUUUUU